AUGAACUAUCCCACCUAUACUGUGGUAGCUAUCCUCUUCGCGCUCAUGAUCCUCAUAGUCUUUGCGCUGGUGCUGUAUCUCAUCAUUUUCUGUGUGUCGCGUUGCCACAGGUCGGUCGAGCUGCGGGAGUUGCAGCGCAGGCAGCAGGAGCACGAGGAGGAGGAGCGGGAGCAUGCGCAGCGGAUGCGUCUCUUCCACAAUGCGCGGCGUGAAAGCGACUCGCAGUCGAUAAACGGAUUGGACGAGGAGGCACGUGCUGCUGCAGCAUCAGAGGCGGUGUUGUCCUCGUCAAGCACGGCGCUGCGCAACGGCCUCCCCGACGGCACGGCGAGCCACGGUUGCGGCAACCAAGAUGGAGGACGAAUCAGCAAUGGUUCUGCCUCUGUGUUUGUGGCGGAUUCAACCUUGGCCGCAGCAGCGGCGAUGAGCCCCAUGACGACGCCAUUGACCUCAACGCCUGGUCACCCCGCUGUGGACACGGCGAAGUUGUUCACGGGAUAUGUCUGA